AUGGCAGAUUUUAUCAAGGUCUACACGGCCGUGCCAGAGCAGCUCUUGGCUCUUUUGACUAAUCAUCUACCCUACUCGCUACCCCUCCUUCGUCGUCUUCAGUUUACCAAGUUUGAAAAUGGCCUACGAGAGACAGCAAGAGUUAUACUGGUACCGGAAUCUCCACUUGAGGAAGGGGUAGACUUUCCGAAGAGAUUCACCGCGGCGUAUAUCGACGUCGGCGGUGGCCCUGACACGCAAACGUGGAUAUACUCGACUCUUGAGCAUCCGGAUAACGCCGACACUAAUGACACGGCUAUCUAUGAACAGCAACUUCAGAAAAUAAUCGAGAAGAGUGUCGUGAUAGCAAAGGCUUAUGGGCAUCCCCUCGUUUAUGGUGAGGCUGUCUUGGUCGGAACAUUGCAUGACUCAGUCCGAGAUCUCCUCUCCAAGACAGGCCGCGUUCAAGCUCGUGAAACUGGGGCAUAUGACAAAUGGCUCUUUAAGUACGAGGAUCUGCCAAAGGAUGAAAUAGCUUUACCCGAGGGUAUGCAUUGGGGAACGGCGACAGAAGGUGAUUGCCGAGUUGUUAUCUCCCGAACCAAUAUCCCGAGAACAGUGCAAGUCUGA